AUGGCGGGUUCCCCAUGUGGGGCGCGGACCCAACCCCCCCCCCCGCAGGCGCAGGGGGCCGUGGGGGUGCUCUUCAACGUGGGCACCGAGGACAUCGCCCUGGAGGAGCGCGCGGCCCCGGUCAGCGACGGCCGCUUCCACGUCGUGCGCUUCACCCGCAGCGGCGGCAACGCCACCCUGCAGCUGGACGGGGGCCCCCUGCACGAGCGCUACCCCCCAGGCAGCGGGGACAGCGAGCGGCUGGCGCUGGCGCGGCAGCGCAUCCCCUUCCGCCUGGGGCGGGUGGUCGAUGAGUGGCUGCUCGACAAAGGCCGCCAGCUCACCAUCUUCAACAGCCAGGCGUCCGUGCGAGUGGGGGGCCGGGACCGGGGCCGCCCCUUCCAGGGGCAGCUCUCGGGGCUUUACUACAACGGCCUCAAGCUGCUGGCGCUGGCGGCCGAGGGGCACCCGAGGGUGCGGAUCGAGGGCGACCUCCGCCUCGUGGGGGCUCCGCCGCCUCCCCCCCCAGCCCCCCCCGGGGCUACCCCGGCCCCCCCCGACAUGGCCACGACCAUCAUGGAGACCACGACCACCAUGGCCACCACCACCACGCGCAGAGGGCGCUCGCCCACCCUAAGGGACACCGUGGCGCAGAACACGGAUGAUUUGCUGGUGGCCUCGGCCGAGUGCCCGAGCGACGACGAGGACCUGGAGGAGUGCGAGCCGGGCACAGGCGGUGAAUUGGUGCUGCCGGCGGCCCCGGUUGGGGGGGGCCCCGUGUCCCCCCCCCCUCGCCCCCCGGGGUCCCCCCGCUCGCCCGCAUCCUGCGGCCCCGACUGCGAGGAGCCCUCGGGCUUCGCCUCGGGGGAAGCGGCCGAUCCCAACGCGCCCCCGGCCGACGACGAGGACUUCGACGGCGGAGGCGGAGAAACUCCCCCCCCGCGCCGCCCCACCGACGGCGGCGACCGCGGCUCCUCCUCCGCUCACACCCAACCCGCUCCCGGCGCAGUCACCGUGGCCACGGUGGUGGCGGCUCCGCUCCCGGGGCUGGUGCCCGCCGGGGAACGGCACCCACGGGAGGGCUCAGUGGGGCGCGGGAGGGUAACGGGAGCUCCCGUGACCGCCCGUCCCGGUGCUGUCCCCACAGCCGCGGUCCCCGGCGCCGUGGAAGUGGUGCGCGAAGCCGGCGGCACCACGGGGAUGGUGGUGGGCAUCGUGGCGGCCGCGGCGCUCUGCAUCCUCAUCCUGCUCUACGCCAUGUACAAGUACCGCAACAGGGACGAG